GACCUUUUGAGUGGCCUUUUUGGCCUCUUGGACCCCUCGCUACUCACGGACAUUGAGUCCUUCUUUCACCACUUCGCAUACCUGUUCGACGACAAGACAACAAACCAGACAAAGUCCUUGCUCGACACUGCCUACAAUUUGUUGACUCCAGAGUUGAGUAACGAACUGCUCACUCUGUUGAGCAAUGCAAAUCAUCUGCUGACGCCGAAUUUCGUCAACGAGACUCAGCAAUUGAUCGCUUCUGUUGGCCCCUUGGUUACACCCCAGCUGUUCCACAAGGUCUCCGUGUUGCUCGACAAUGGCAAUGAGCUUCUCACCGCAGAGUUUGUCAAAGAGGUCAACGGUCUGAUUGGCAAUGCCAAUCAGUUGCUGACGGCCGACUUUGUCAAGGAAACUCGGCAGCUGAUCGAGGCUGUUACGCCCCUGUUGACCCCCGAGCUACUGAAGGAGGUCGGAACCUUAGUCAACAACGCCAAUGGUCUUUUGACGGUCGAGUUUGUCAGGGAGGCCAAGUCAUUGAUCAAGGCCGUGGCUCCUAUACUGUCUCCCGAACUCAUAGGGGAGGUUGGCACCUUGCUCAGCAACGCCAAUGGACUCUUGACGCCCAGAUUUGUGAACGAAACGCAAUCAUUAAUUGAAACAGUCGGACCUGCUCUGACACCUGAGCUGUUCCGGGAGGUCAAUUCUGUACUGGGUAACGCUAAUACAUUGCUGACGACCCAAUUUGUUCACGAAGCCCAGAGCUUGAUCCAUUCAGUUGCUCCUGUGUUGACACCCGCUAUUCUCGGAGAGGUUGCUGGCUUACUGAGCAACGCCAAUGAACUUCUGACGCCGACAUUUGUCAAUGAGACUCAGUGCCUGAUUGGCGCGGUGGCGCCUGUCUUCACUCCUGCCCGCCUCAAGGAAGUCGGCCAGCUUCUGAAUAGCGCCACCUCCUUGCUGACCCCAGGCUUCGUUGAUGAGACACAAGGCUUGGUGGGACAUGCGAAUGAAUUGCUGACGCCCGACUUCGUCAAGGAGACCCGCGCGUUGAUUGGGGACAUUUCCCCUGUGUUCACACCCCAGCUGCUCUCCGAAGUAGGAGGUCUGCUCAACAAUGCCAACGCCCUGUUGACGCCAAAGUUUGUGAAUGAGACCCAAGGUUUGAUUGACGGAAUCUCGCCGAUCUUAUCUCCUGAUAUGCUUGGCCUAGUCGGCGGUCUCCUCGGAAAUGCCAAUAAAUUGUUGACCAGCAAGUUUGUCGAAGAGACUCAAACUUUGAUCGACAACGUGUCACCUGCCGUCACGCCUGCUCUGCUUGAAAAAGUGAACUUCCUCCUCGGCAAUGCCACAUACUUGUUGACACCCAAAUUUGUCAACGAGACGCGCGAUCUCAUUGACGACGUGUCGCCAAUCCUUUCUCCAGAGUUGCUUGGUGAAGUCGGGGGCCUGCUUGGUCAGGCUAACAACCUGCUGACGCCCAAGUUUGUCAACGAAACGCAGGUGCUCAUUGAGGAUGCUUCUGAGUUGCUUCCUGCUCUAGUCAAGGUGCUGGGCACCUUGUGA